AUGAAAGCUUCAUCACACAUUACUACUCCAUUUGCUCUCAUUUCACCCAACCAACUACUCAAUGCAAUCACUCUUGGAGAUAAAUAUUUUGGUUUCAAAUAUAGCAAAGAUAAGAGUAUUGUAAUGACAAUGGUAGCCAAGGGAUUAGGUAAAGGUGGUGGUUUGUUGGAGAAGCCGCCUCCAACCAUAGAGACAACAUCACCUGGCCGAGAAUCUGAAUUUGAUUUAAGGAAAUCAAGAAAAACAUCACCACCAUACAGAGUAAUGCUACACAAUGACAACUAUAAUAAAAGAGAAUAUGUAGUACAAGUGUUGAUGAAAGUGAUACCUGGAAUGACAGUUGAUAUUGCAGUUAACAUCAUGCAAGAGGCACAUUAUAAUGGAUUAGCAGUGGUCAUUGUUUGUGCUCAAGUUGAUGCUGAAGAUCAUUGCAUGCAAUUGAGAGGAAAUGGCCUUUUAAGUUCAAUUGAGCCAGCAGAUGGUGGUUGCUGA